UCUUAUUUAAAGCUCUGUUCUCAAACUCCCUGCACAUAACUGCAUGCAACGAAGCAAUGGCUCAACAAGAAUACAAACUACUCGGUGAUACUCUUCUCGAGUACAAAGGGACUGUUUUUCUGUUGGACAACGUCCAUUCAAAGGAAUUUAUUGAUGAUUUGCCGCAAUUCGAAGUCAGAGAUGAUGACGUUUACCUUGUGACUUUCCCCAAAUCAGGGACCGUAUGGGCCCAGAGAAUCAUCACCCUGAUCUUUGAGGAGGACUUCCCCGAGCUGAAGGACGCCCCCACCUUUAGGUGGAUGCCCUGGUUAGAGUACCAGGGCAAAGGCACGCCCACCUACGACACGCGCCGCUCCCCACGCCUCUUCUGCUCCCACCUGCAGGAGCACCUGGUGCCAAGCGGCCUGCAGAGGAAGAAGGCCAAGGUCAUUUAUGUUUCCAGGAAUCCAAAAGACGCAAUGGUGUCCUACUUUCACUUUACAAAGAUCAUCAAGAAUCUGGAAGACGCAGAACACUUCAACGAGAUGCUCGACAACUUCAUCAGUGGAAGGAUGAUGGGAGGCUGUUGGUUUGACCAUGUUAAAGGAUGGUACGCCAAUCAAGACAAGUACAACAUCCUAUUCCUCCACUAUGAAGACAUGAUCAAGGACCUGAGGUCUGUGGUCGUGCGUCUGUGUGAGUUUGUUGGGAAGAAUCUGCCAGACGCCGCCAUUGAUGCCAUCAUCGAGAAGGUGACCUUCAACAACAUGAAGCAAGAUGACAAGGCCAACUAUGAGUUCUUAAACCAUCACAUCAAGGACAGGAACAAGGGCCAGUUCAUGAGGAAAGGGACCAUCGGUGACUGGAAGAACGCCCUGACAGUGGCACAGAGUGAGCGCUUCGACAGAGUCUACAACGAAAGAAUGAAGGACCUGCAGCUGAACUUCAUCUGGGACAUCUCAGAGGUCCAGCAGGGACAGGAAGGCCUCAACAGGCUUUGUCUUUGCCUCUACCACAGUGUCGUAUUUCAAUGUUUCUCCUCCAACUCACUGCACAGAACUUGGCAUCAUUUGUUUGCAUUCAACAAAGCAAUGGCUCAACAAGAAUACAAACUACUCGGUGAAACUCUGUUCACAUACAAAGGGGCUGUUUUUCCAGUGGACGACACCAAUCAAGUAACAACGGAAUAUAUUGACGAUUUGCAACAUUUUGAAGUCAGAGAUGACGAUGUUUACCUCGUUACCUUCCCCAAAUCGGGGACCGUAUGGACCCAGAGAAUCAUCACCCUGAUCUUUGAGGAGGACUUCCCCGAGCUGAAGGACACCGUCACCUUUGAGAGGAUGCCCUGGCUGGAGUACCCGAUGAAGGAGUGGGAGAGCUACGACACGCGCCGCUCCCCACGCCUCUUCUGCUCCCACCUGCAGGAGCCGCUGAUGCCGAGGGGGCUGCUCAAGAAGAAGGCCAAGGUCAUUUAUGUUUCCAGGAAUCCAAAAGAUGCAAUGGUGUCCUACUUUCACUUUACAAAGUUCAUGAAGAAGCUGGAGGACGCAGAACACUUCAACGAGAUGCUCGACAACUUCAUCAGUGGAAGGAUGAUUGGCGGCUGUUGGUUCGACCAUGUUAAAGGAUGGCACGCCAACCAGGACCAGUACAACAUCCUGUUCCUCCGCUAUGAAGACAUGAUCAAGGACCUGAGGUCUGUGGUCGUGCGUAUUUGUGAGUUUGUCGGCAAGAAUCUUUCUGACGCCGCCAUUGACUCCAUCAUCAAGAGGGUGACCUUCAACAACAUGAAACAAGAUGACAAGGCCAACUAUGAGUUCCUACCCGACGACAUCAAGGAUAAGAGCCAGGGUGCCUUCCUGAGGAAAGGGACCAUCGGUGACUGGAAGAACGCCCUGACAGUGGCACAGAGUGAGCGCUUCGACAGAGUCUACAACGAAAGAAUGAAGGACCUGCAGCUGAACUUCACCUGGGACAUCUCAGAGGUCCAGCAGGGACAGGAAGGCCUCAACAGGCUUUGUUAAGGUGGCAUUCACCAACACUUCCAAAUAACACUUAAAGAGAUUCAGCAAAAAGGAAAAUGUUGACGCAUACAAACGCAAUGGUGACAUUUAAUUCUGCAUGGGCAAGGGUAAUAUGGACACACUGUUUAUAGCUUAAAAAGGCAACAGCUUCAUGAAUCGGACACUGAAAAUAAAACCAUUUUUAC